GGCCCGCUACCCCGCCCCCGCUCGCCGGCCGAGUCCGUUCUCCACGCAAGCGCCGCAGCUCGGUCUGCGGACCUAGGGGGGCUCGGGAGAGGAACGAACACCGCUGGCAAGGAUGGUGUUGGAGACUGUGGCCCGCAUCGUGAAGGUGCAGCUCCCCGCGUAUCUUAAGCGGCUCCCAAUCCCCGAGAGCAUUACCGGGUUUGCGCGGCUCACAGUUUCAGAAUGGCUUCGGUUAUUGCCUUUCCUUGGUGUGCUUGCACUACUUGGCUACCUUGCUGUACGUCCAUUCCUUCUGAAGAAAAAACAACAGAAGGAUAGCUUGAUUAAUCUUAAAAUACAGAAAGAAAAUCCCAAAGUGGUGAAUGAAAUAAACAUUGAAGAUUUGUGUCUUACUAAAGCAGCUUAUUGUAGGUGUUGGCGUUCUAAGACGUUUCCUGCCUGUGAUGGUUCACAUAAUAAACACAAUGAAUUGACUGGAGAUAAUGUGGGCCCACUUAUACUGAAGAAGAAAGAAGUAUAAUAGUAAUAUAUUAGGAUUGAAUUCAGUUGUGUGCUGUAAAACCUUAUAACUAUUUUCUCAUCCUUUGUGCAUAAAAUAUCUUUGACGUGGUGGUCUUAAUUAUUUCUACUGAUUGAAUAAUUAUUUUCUGCCAAUUUUUCUUUCCACACUAUUUAUAUUUGAUACUUUGUAUAUUCAAAGUCCUUUAUGUAGAAAUUAAAUUGUGCAAGUCUCUCAUAAUGACUUCAAAGAAUUAAUGUCUUCCAGUACUUCUGAUUGUAAUGUAAUUAAUUGAGAAAAAUCCUAAUUUUGUCAAUGGGUCCAGAGCUGUUUCUUUGAAUAUAAAUAUAUUCAACAGAAUUUAUUUAAAAUUUUUACCCCUCCUCCACACUGUUAAAUACAUUAUUUUUUAGAUCUCUCAUUUCGAUGAUUUGAAGUAAUUUUUCCUCUUUUGGCCUUUUACACACCAUUCUUUCUGGAUGAAUAAGAAAAAUAUUGCCAUCAAGAAUUACUUGAGUUUUCUCAGAGAUAAAUUCUUUGCUUUAUAGAGAUUACUGUCUAAUUAAUAUGACUAUCCCAAUUUAGAAAGCAAGAAGUAAACUGGAUAUAAAAAGUUCCCAAAAUGAACAGCUAUUUACAUUGUAAAAGAUUUGUUUACUUUAUGGAAGGCUUGUUUGUGUCUAUGUGUACGUGUGUGUGUGUAUCUUGAGCUGUUUGACUCAGUGACAGGGUCAGGUGGGGUGACAACACAUGCAGCUAAACUCAUGGGCUGCUGCAAUUGAAGGUCAAUGAAAUGAACAUAAUCUGAAUUCAUAUUAAAAUGAUUUCAGUGUUUAAAAUUGUAUUGGUAUGACCAUAUGUCUGUUUAUUACAGUGUAAACCAAAAAAUAUAUAAAAAAGCAAAAAAGUUUGCAAAAGAAACUACCAGAGAAUCUUUAAAACUUUUGUAAUUUUUUAACUGAGUCUAUUUAGUUUCAUCUUACAUUACAAUUCUCUUAUUAAUAGCUGUCCUUAAAUCUGUUUAUGAAAGACAUAAUCAUUCCAUUCACUGUGCUUCCUUUUUCUGUGAAGAAGGUUUAGAAGGAAGGCAUAUCUAAUCUUUCUAAUAAUCAAAGCUAAUAGCUUUUGAGCACUUAUAUGUACCAGACACUGCCCUAAGCAUGGUACCUGGAUUAUUAAUUUAUUACAUGUAAUUUCAGUACAUUGAAUAGUUUUCUGUUGUGUGAUCUUUACUUUCUUGUGACCAUAGGCAGGAAUUUUUUAAUUAGGGUUAGAAAUACCUUUGUGUAGUUUGUGGUUUCAAGAAGUUUGACAAGAUGUACGUGCAAAAUUAUUGUUGCUCCUUCUUCUUCCCAACCUCCAUUGGGGGAGAUAUAUAACUUUUAUUUCUUUGACUCUGGAUAUAUUUCCUGAGACUGUUUUUUCACCACUUUUAACAGCUUCCGUGUCAGUUUAACUGUUUUUCCACAUUGAUUACAAGGCUUUGGGAAAAACCCUCGUCACCAAAAGUGUGGGUAUCCUGGUCUGUGGUUAUGAAAUGCUUUUCUUUAUGUAAAACUAUAUACUGCAACUCACAGCUGCUCUUGUUUAAUACAUGUUCUAGUGGUUCUCAUACUAGCAGUUCACAGAAGGUAAAAUUUCCUAAAAAUACGGAGACUAAAAUUUCAAUUUUGUCACGUAAGAACAUUUUAAAAAUGGAAAGCUAAUCAUUUCAUAAAGUUCAUUUUAAUACUCAAGAAGUAAGGCUGUACUCAGAACAAAGGGUUUGUUUGUAUGCAUGUGCCCGUUUUCAAUUUUUUAAAUGUUAAAGAGCUGUGUUGCCCAAAUAUUUUCGCACCUAUUGACAUAAUUCAAAAGCCUGGGGCUAUUAGGAAGCUGUUUUUGUAAUGACUCCUGUACAUGAGCAUUAUUAUCCGUUGCCAUCACUUCCUCUUGUAAAUUCACAGCAUUCUACUAUGUCUACCUGAAAAAACUGGCAUCUAAUAAGCAACUGCACCUGAAUUGAUAUAACAAAUGAUAACCCAGCUCUUGAAAUACAUUUCUUGAGUUUAGAAACAAGAAGAAAAUAGCCCAGCUUUUACUGUGUCACAUUAUGAUUGCUGUGUCACAUUAUGAGGGCUGCUUGUCCUGCUUACCCAGUGAACUACGCAUUGCCUUACUCAGCAAAUGAGCACCAUCAUUACAUAAAUAUCAGGCAUUGAGCAGGCUAGAAGUAUUAAUGAUUCAUUCAAAUGGGUAAUUAAGCUUUGAGUUCAGUGUUUCAUUUGAUGAUUCAUUAAAUUGCUUUUGGAUUUUGUAACCUAAUUUGUUACAUUUAUGGGAAGCCAAUUAAGCCAGCUGCUGAUUUAUAUGGUUCUACCUUCUCAAUGAUCUCUUUGGAAACUUGCUAUCAGACUCUUCCUCUGUGAAGAGUUUUAAAACUUCUGUUUAAUAGGGUUCUUAAGAAACUGUGGUGUUUGUUUUCUUUGAUACCUACCAGAAACAUCUAACUUCACCUAUUCAGAAUUUAGUUUUGGCAGUAUCACCAAUCUGGAGAGGAGCAGGAGAGAUGGUACACAAAUACUCAUUCUCUGUACUCAUGAGUGCCUCAUCCUGCCUUUGGAGUCUACUUAUUCUUCACACCCAAUUCUAACAAAUUUGGUGACCUGAUUUCUGCUCGUGAACAAAUCGCAAAUAUUGAAAGAGUGCUCCUACAGGAAGGUGCCCAAUAAAAUAUGGCAGCUGAGAGCAGGGGAGGAGAGCAAAAAAUAAAUUUAAAGCAAACAUUGAAGGCAUAGCAGGUAAGAAUUUAACAGGAUUCUCAAUAGUCUCUGAGGGCAUCACUGUGAUCAAAUUGCACAAGUGAUGUUUAAUAAUGAAUUUGAAUUGAGAUUAACAGUAUAUGGUAUUUAAGAAGGUAGGAUGUAUGUUUCAUUCAGUGAUACCAGUUUCCAUUUUAAACAGUUAAAAACUUAGUGCUUAAAGUGCUACAUUCAGGCAGAAAAUACUUAACUCAUUCCUUGGUAUUUGAAGGCUUUAUCACAAGAAGUUUUUCAAUUCACUUGUUAACAUUUUCCAAUUUAGUGACUAAUUCACUACAUAAAUUAAUUUUUUAAAGCAUGAGGAAAACUAAAUAAACCAACAGUGGUUUCAAUCACAUAAAUUGUACCAGAUGACCUCCUCUACCUUAGGGAGGACGAAAAAUCCUGUGUAAAAACCAUGUGAACAGCAGUACCAUGACUACCUCACUGUCUUGCUGGCCAUGUAGCCCACUGGCAUUAUCCAGGUUGGAUUGCAGAAUACCAGCACAGCUGUUUCCUGUCUUGUUUGUAUGUUUAAGCUGUGUUGUAUCAUCUGAUGUGCUUUUAGUUUGUCCUAAUGUCCUUUCUUUUACUGGAAGUUCAUUUUAUUGUGCAGAGCCGGUCAACUACUUUUAUCUUUUGCAAAACUACAGUUUGGUAAAGUUGUAGCAAACAUUAAUACAAGAGAUACAGUCCAUAUUUUAGUAUGUAAUUAUCAAUUGUAUCAUGCAAUUUUGUAAUAGUUAUUGUCUUGAAGGACAUUGAAAACCUGCUGAGAAAGGCAUCUAUGACUUUCAGCUGAAGAGAUGACAUUACUCUCUUUACUUUGGUUUAAAUGUUUGAUUCUUUGCUUAUAAAACAAAAAAAUUAUAUUUCCGACAAUUAUUGUGGGAGAUUUUAUUUAUGAUUUUAUUCUUUUUGGACACUUAUUAAAAUAGGUCAGCCACAAUAUUAACAAAUUCCUGAUCUCUGUUAUGUAUCUGUAAUUUUCCAAAAUAAUAUGAAAAGGGGGGAAAGGAUCAUAAAUUACAUAAUUACAGAUGAACCCUAUACUGUUGAGUAAAUAAAUAUGUCAACAACUUAAUUUCCUGUUAAUAUCCAUCAUACAUUCCUCUGCAUUACCACACUAAAUAUGUGACUCAAUCCCAUCCAUUCCACAAAUUUUCAAAACUCAGAAGGACAGAGUGUUCAACUAUGUCGAAUGCUGUCAAGAAGUGAAAUAAGAUUAUGAUAGAAAGCUGUUCACUUUAAAAUGGUGCAUGCAACUGUGUAGCAAUACAUUGGAAAACAUAGAGGAAAUGGAUAAUUUCCUAGAAAAACAUAAAUGACCAAAAUGGACCCAAGAAAUUUAAAAUUAAUAGACCAAUUAUCAAAAAAUAGGACGGGAAAUGAUUUUUAAAAAUAUUUUGAAAGUACUAGAGUUCCAAGGAAGACAAUUGCAAUAGUAUUCAUUUCAUAUAUCUAGUAUUGGAAGGAAGAUAAUCCCAAUAGUAUUCAUUUCAUAUAGCCACUAUAACAAUAAUAUGAAAACCUGAAAAAUAGAAAAAGAACCAUAGAUCAAUCUCACUUAUGCAUAUGGAUGAAAAUUCUAAAUAAAAUUCUGCACUUAAUACACUGGUGAAGAUUGUAAUUCAGGCAUUCAGGGUUGUUUCAGUGUCACUAAGUCUGUUAAUUAUUUAAAGGAGAGAAAAUAUCAUACCAAUAGAUAGCCAAAAGGAUUAUUGCUAAGAUUCAGCACUCAUUCCCAAUGAAGAUUACUGAGUAAAAUAGAAGUUGAAAGAAACUAUUUAUGUAUAAUGGCUACUUAUGAAACACCUACAAUAUUUUAAAUGGUAAACAAAAACUUUCAGAAUCAGGAACUAACAGGAAUGACUACUGUCAUCAUUUAAUACUAAAUGUCUUGGAAGACCCAGUAAAUGCAAUGAGAUGAAAUAAUCAUUACAAACAGGAAAAUAAAAAAAUUUGGUUGAUAAGAUUAUAUGUCUGGAAUAGGAAAAAACAGAUUUUUGGUAAAGUAUUUGGAAAUGAUAAAUAUACAAAAAUUAAUAGCAAUAAGCACAUUGAAAUGCUAGUGGGUAAAAUUUUCCAAUCGAAAUAGCAGUAAAAAUAAUGUAAAAUAAAUUUGCCAGGAAAGGUACAAAACCUAUAUGGAGAAAAACUAUAGAAAUGUUACCAAAGCCACUGAACAAGAUUUAAACAAGGGAAAGAAUACUUAGUAUUGUAAAGAUAGAAACUCUCAAAAUUAAUAUGUAAAUUUGAUGUAGUUUAGAAUCAAAAGACCAUUGUUGGAUUGAAUUGUGUUGCCCAAACUACAUGAUAAGUCCUAACCCCUGGUCCCCUGAAUGUGAACUUAGUUGUAAAUAACAUCUUUGAAGAUGUUAUUAGGCAAGAUGAAACCAAACUGGAUCAGGGUAGAACCUAAUCCAAUAUGAGUAGUGUCCUGAUAAGGAGAGGAAAUUUGGACACAGAUACAGAGAGAAAGAUGGCCAUGUGACAGUGGCAGAGAUACAGUGGCCAUGCAAAACUAAGACAAGCAUUUUUAAGUUGGAGUAAAUGAUCUUAAAGUUCAUAAAGAAAAAGCCAAGAAAAGUUACAAAAAUGACUAGUAAGUGGAACUUCUUUUAUCAGAUAUCAGCGCCUACUAUAAAGCCAUUGGUAUCAAAUUAAUAAGAUAAAAUUAAUAAAAAUGAGAACAAACAGGAUUGGUAGAAAAUAAUUGAGAAUCUAGAAAUAGAAUUUAAUAUAUGAUAAAUGUGGUAUUUCAAUUCAAACAGAAAACGGAAUUGGAUCCCCAAUUUACCCUAAAAGCCUUUACAGGUGUGUGCACAAGCACACACACAUACAUAUAUAGAAAGAAUAGAAGGCUAAGGAUGGGAAGCCUAUGUGGCAAAAGAUAACACAUGUGACCAAAGAUGUUUUAAACAAAGUCAAAAGACCUGUGAAAAAUGGAAAAUUGCAAUGUGGGUUACAAAGGUUAACAUCUACACUGUACUAAUUAUGUUAUAUAAUAGACAAUAAUAUACAAAAUAUGUAAUUUACAAAAUGCACAUAUGAUAUGUAUACAUAAUAUACAAAAGUACACUUAACAAAUGGACAAGAAAAAAGGCAAACAAAAAACAUGGGUAGAUAAUGCAACAUAACCAUCAAGGAGCAAAUUCAAAUAUCCAAAAUGUGUAACAUGCUCAAACUCAAUAGAAAUCAGGGACAAGCAAAUAUCAAAGGGUUGUCACCUUACACCCUAUCAGACAGAAGGGGAGAAAGUACUCUCAUACAUUAAGUGGUAAAAAUGUGAAUUGUUAACAUUCUUUGGAAACAAUUUGGUAACAUUUGGAAAAAUGCAAUUAAUAUAUCCUUUGUCACAGAAAUCCCAUAGAAAUAAAAGCAACAGUAUGUAUAAACAUGUAUUUGUUGUUCGUUACAAUAUUGUUUUUUAUGUCAUAAUAUUCAUCUUUGUGGGAAAGUACCUGGAAACAAAGUAAAUGUAUGUUAAUAGAGGAAUGGUUGAAUGAAUGUGAACAUACUAUGGAACACUUGUGCAGCUAUUAAAAAGAAAAAAAUAAAGCUGUA